AUGAACCGAUUCCAAAUCCCAAUAACAAGUGAAUACAAUUUAAACGUCGGAAUACAAUCUUUGAGCACUAUUUCAUCAAAUAACGACACAACAAAUGGAACAAAUCCGAAUGCAAUGAAUGUGCCAGAAUGGUUCGGCUGGAUUGGAGUUGUCAUCUGUAUUCUUGCUUGGGGAACCUUUGGCCUUCCUUUAAAAGUGAAAUGGGUUCAACAAGCCAACAUUCAUCCCUUCAUAUUUCAAUUUUACUUCUCCUCCGUCGUGUGCAUAACCUCUUUCAUUGUCCUGGCAUGGAAUGAUUGGUAUUUCUCCUUUUGGGGAAUGCUUGGAUCUGCUUGUUGGGUACCUUGCUCCUUAUUAUCUUUGGUGGCCAUUUCGAAAUUAGGUCUUGGAGUCGCUCAAGGAAUUUGGAGCGGUACUACUAUUUUGACAAGCUUUGUUUGGAGUGUUACCUUAUUUCAAUCUCGAAUUGGUAAUUUUUAUUUGACGGCUUUGGGUUUGUUGUUAAUGGUAGUGGGCAUUGUUGGAGUGGCUACUUGCUCUAAAUGGAAUACUCGGAGUGGCACUACGGUCAUUGAUGACAAGUCAAAGGAUCCACAGAAUAUAAAUACAGAGCAAUCAUCGCCUCAGCAUCGCGAUGAUAUUGAAUCAACAACAAUUAUGGAACAGCAUGAAACGAGAGAUUUAACAUUGAAAUUGGAAGAAGAGUCGCGUCACUCCACUGAUGAAAUGCACAAUUCUGUCAGUCCACCAACGUAUGCAAGUGAGGAUCGUCACAAUGGAGAGGACGCCAUAGCAUUUCAUGAAACUCAUCAAAAAGCUGAGGUUUCAAAGUUGAAAAAUGAAGUCGAUGACUUAGAAUCUAGUCCUAAAAAAACAUCGAAAUUUGUGAAUUUACUUUCUCAAUCUAAAGAUUAUAUCAUUGGAGUGGUGUGUGCUGUUGGAGUUGGAGUUUUAGGAGGUACCAUGUUUGUUCCAACUCGACUAGAGACACAUCAAGGCGUUGCUUAUGUGAUUGGUUUUGGUGUUGGAGCAAUGGCUAUUACUUCAGUUUUAGUGCUAGUUUUUUUGAUAUAUUAUUUUGCUCGAUACAGAGUUAUUGUUCCAUUUCACUUUAAGGUUGCAAUUUUCCCUGCUGUGACUGCCUGCCUUUGGCAGUUAGCGAACAUUUUUGCAUUCUAUGUUGCACUGUCUCCUCUCGGCAUGACCAUAGGUAUUCCAUUAACACAAACUAGUUUGGUUGUUGCAGGAUUGUGUGGAUUGUUAUUUUUCAAAGAGUUGCUUGGAUGGAAAGCAAUUGCUCAAUUUUUUGUGAGCGCCUUAAUAUUUUUAAUUCCUGGAUGCAUUUUACUGGCUCUCUUUGGAAAGGCAUAA